AUGGGUCUCCACCCGGCAUUGAUCGCCGGGCUGGUUAGUUUGGCGGUCUUCCUCACAGGUUUCGUGGUCCUUUUCCUGGCGACGUGUCUGUGUUGUCCCGCCAAAAUCCACGCGGCGGUUAAGGAGCCGUCUGAGUCUCCCGAUGAAUGUCAGGACGGUAGGGAGGAUGACGGUGGAGCCCAAGAUAGCAGGGGGGAUGACGUUGUACGUCACGAAGACAAGCAGGAUAGCUUUAUACGUCACGACGAAAAGCAAGAUGGUGUACGUCAAAACGUCAAGCGGGAAGUAAUGGGUCACGACGUCAAGCAAGAUGAAGUUAUUCGUCCCAACGUCAAGCGGGAUGAAGUUAUACGUCCUGACGUCAAGCGGGAUGAAGUUAUACGUCACGACAUCAAGCGGGAUGAAGUUAUACGUCCCGACAUCAAGCGGGAUGAAGUUAUACGUCACGACGUCAAGCGGGAUGAAGUUAUACGUCCCGACGUCAAGCAGGAUGAAGUUAUACGUCCCGACGUCAAGCGGGAUGAAGUUAUACGUCACGACGUCAAGCGGGAUGAAGUUAUUCGCCACGAUGGCAGGUGGGAUGAAGUUAUAUGUCUCGACGCCAAGCGGGAAGAAGUUAUACUUCAUAACACCGAUCGAAAUAAGGUUAUACGUCAUGAAGGCAAACGUGAUGAAUUUAUACGUCAUGACGGCACGCGGGUUGAAGUUAUACGUCACGAGAGCAAGCAGAAUGAAGUUAUACAUCACAACAGCAAGCAGGAUGAUGUUAUACGCCACGACGGAAAACGGGAUGAAGUUAUACGCCACGACGGAAAACGGGAUGAAGUUAUACGCCACGACGGAAAACGGGAUGAAGUUAUACAUCCAGACAGAAAACGGGACGAAGUUAUUCAUCACGACGUCAAGCAGGACGAAGAUUUAAGCGAUCAUCAGUCAACAAGAAAUGAAAGGUCAGAGGAAUGCAAUCCAAAGAGAAGUGCCAGUAAAGACCACGUGGUAACUCAAGUGUUGAGUGCAAGAGACACUCUGGAGGCCGGAGUGCGGACUCGGAACUCCAACAUGGAUGGCGGCGGGACAGGAAGUUAACAAAGUUCUCGUGGAAACGUUGUGGAGAGAAGUGUCUUCUAGUCAUGAGAGCUCGAAGUCUGCUCAGAGCUGACGGAUAGAACGUCAACAAAAGAGAACGCUGAUUCAAAUUCAAAAAUUCCGUUC